AUGCCUGGGAGGCAAAGAUUGUUGAACAGGCAAAGACCACAAUCAGACUACGACUCUGUGUACAUGAAGGAUGAAGCUGAGAGGACUGAAUAUGUACUGAAUGAUAUGGGCAAACUGUACUAUGGAACAGAGCAACAGAUUGGUACCCGAACCUGGAAUUUUGGUCAGUUUGAUGAAGGAGUGUUGGCGGCGUGUUUCUUUGUGUUGGAGAAGAGUCGCACUCCUUGCUCAGGAUGGGGAGACCCCAUUAACAUAGCCAGAGUGUUAUCUGCCAUGGUUAAUUCCAACGACGAUCAAGGUGUGCUGAUGGGUAACUGGCAAAAUACCUAUGAGGGGGGACUCUCUCCUACAGCCUGGAGUGGAAGCAGUGCCAUCCUGAAACAGUACCACAACAGUGGAGGAGUACCUGUCAAAUAUGGACAGUGCUGGGUCUUCGCUGGAGUCACCAACACAAUGUUGCGGUGUUUUGGCAUUCCCACACGUCCAGUGUCAAACUUUAGUUCUGCUCAUGACACUGACAGUUCCUUGACAACAGAUGUUUAUUUAGAUGAAAAUCUUGAAGAGAUUAAACACCUUAACCGUGAUUCAAUCUGGAACUUCCACGUGUGGAAUGAAGCCUGGAUGUCUCGUCCGGACCUGCCAUCUGGUUUUGGAGGUUGGCAGGUGGUUGAUUCCACUCCUCAGGAGGGCAGUCAGGGCGUCUUCCGCUGCGGCCCCACCUCUGUUACUGCAGUCCGCAGCGGACAGGUCUACCUCAAAUAUGACACGCCCUUCGUUUUCGCCGAAGUGAACAGCGAUAAAGUCUACUGGCAGCGCAAAACUAACGGGACUUUUGCUGUGAUUCGGGUUGACAAAAGCGCAGUCGGUCACUGCAUCAGCACCAAAGCUGUUGGCUCAGAUAAACGUGUAGAUAUCACACACCUCUACAAACACCCAGAAGGUACGGAGGAGGAGCGCACCGCUGUGGAAACGGCCUGCAGCUACGGCUCCAAACGGUCCAUCUACUCUCCCAGCAGCGCCAGUGAUGUGACUGUUGAAGUUGCCAUGGAGGGUGAUGGACCGUGUGUUGGUCAGGACGCUGUUCUGUCCGUCCUUCUGAAGAACAGCAGCAGCGCAGCCCGCAGUGUGGAUCUCUACAGCCAGGUGGCAGCCACGCGCAACUCUGAAGCCAACAAGACCUUCCUGAAGAAGGACAGGACCAGCGUUGAGCUCAAGCCCCAUGAGGUCCGGUCUCUGGAGUGGAGUCUGCCCUAUGAGGACUACAAGGACCAGCUGCUGGGUCAGUCGGCUCUGGUGCUCACGCUCUCUGGACGGGUCACUGAGACCAAACAAACUCUGGCCAAACAGUUCAGCUUCAGACUGCGCACACCUGACCUCGUCAUCACUCCUGUAUGUGAUGCUGUGGUGGGCAGAGAGCUGAAAGUCAAAAUCAGAUUCCAGAACCCACUGCCCCGUGUGCUGAAGAACGUCAUCUUCCGGAUCGAGGGACUGGGAAUGCAGCAUGUCAAAACCAUUCACUAUGGGUGA